GUACCAGCAACUUUGCCAUGUGCAUUUCCUACCUUAUGCAGUACACUCCAGAGUGCAGUGCACCGCCUUAUCCGACCGAGCCUUACGCUUAUCCAGCCACCUCCCCCUCACUACUCACCCCCCUUUUAACCUACCAACUAACCUAAGCUUUGGCCCCAGAAAAUGACCAGCACGUUGAUGGUCUCUGAGCCUCAUCAGUCAGAUCAACAAGACCCUCAACAACAAGAAGAAGAAGAUCUCAUUUCUACUCCAGCCCAACCAGGCCAGGAAGAAACAAAGACGGUAGUUCAGGGGCUGCAGGAUUCACCGAGUUUGAGUACCACCGCUUUAGAUACUCAACAGGAGGAAAGUGAGAGGGAGGAAGACGAGGGGUCGUAUUACUGGAAAAGGGAGACCAUGGCUCCGUUGAAUGCUGUUUCUGCUGCGGCGGUUGCGAGGCUGAGGGCGUUCAAGCCGCCUCCUUUUCCGUUGUGGGAUCGGUUGCCUGUCAGUAGACGGGCGGCGGUGUUGUUGCUGUUGUAUGCGGACCGGAAGGGGGAUUUGAGGGUGGUGAUAACGAUGAGGGCGGCGACGUUGAGGAGUUUUUCUGGUCAUGCAGCAUUGCCAGGUGGAAAGGCGGACACCAUCCGCGAGACACCCUACCAAAUCGCCCGCCGCGAAGCCUACGAGGAAAUCGGCCUCCCCCUCGACAACACCCACCUCCCCCCACCCUUCACAAUCGAACACCUCUGCUACCUCCCCGCCAACCUCGCCCGCACCGAGCUCGUCGUCCGCCCCGUCGUCGCCCUCCUGCACACCUCCCCCCCUUCCUCCACCGCCACCUCCCCCCAGUCAAACCCUGUCUCCCCGCAGCCCGACCCAACAAUCACUGCUGAAGACUCCCUAAUCCCGCGACUCGACGCCAAAGAAGUCGCCGCCGUGUUCUCCGCCCCGUUUCACAACUUCCUCAGGUCAACCGAUGAACCUGGUCACGAAAAGGUAGAAGGGGAGUGGUAUAAUGGCUCCUGGACGGAAUGGCACGAGGAGCCCUGGCGGAUGCACUUUUUUUAUGUCCCGGUCACUAACCAGAGGGUUACUAAACCUAAAAUUCGUGAGGGAGGUUUGGCAUCACUGGCUGAAGAUCACAGCCCUGAUGAGGAGCCAGUGGAAGAGGAAAAGCGGUACAAAGUCUGGGGGAUGACCGCUCGGAUUCUGGUGGAUGCGGCCACGAUUGCGUAUGGGGAGAAGCCAGAGUUUGAGCAUAACAGUCAUUUUGGAGAUGAGAGGAUCAUUGAGGGAUUGGAAAGGUUGGGGAGGCUGGGGGAGAAGAAGAGACGGGGGAGUACAGUCACCAAAGAGGAUGUGAAGAAGGCGGGGGAGAUUAUGACCAAGAAGGAGGAAGGCAGUAAGAUGUGA